GCCUAAAGACGCCUCUGACAACGGGGGACAACAAAAGUGCCCGAAAAAAAUAUUCCGUCACCUUGAGAACACCCGAGACCCCCGACGAGCCUCAGGUUCAACCAUAUUCUUUCCCAAUUCGUUCGAGCCUCUCCUAAACAUCGUCAAGUCCAGAAAAAAAAUCCGAGAUAGCGGUAAAUUUCCCCUGCCCCCGGACUGAAAAAUCGAUAUAACCGUAGUCGAAAACAAAAGUGUCUAGAAGACAUUUGAAUGUUGUGGGACAACGAUAUCGCUUGAAAGAAGGUUAAACUCUUCUUGAGACAGUUCCAACGGUCAUCGAAGGUGGAUCAAGAUGACAGUCGUCGCGCCGGGCAGGGAGUUCACGAUUUACGUGACCCACGUGGACACAGAGGGUCCUCUCCUUCGGGUGUGGGGACAAAUCGAUAAAGAUGCCGCGAUGAAGAUCGAGUCGUUGAUUGCGUCGAUGAACGUGGGCUUUCAAAAGGGAUUUGGGGCGAUCCAGCGCGAUGCACUGUUGACACCCCACACGACUUGCUGUGCUUAUCACGACGAUGCCUUCUACCGGGCGAGAAUCAUGCGCCCCAACAGUGGACAUGGUACAGUACUGGUGCACUUCCAGGAUUAUGGAAACAUGGAGACUGUUUCGUACGAGAGUAUUAGGAUCCUGAAUGACACCCAGGAGGGAAUUCAGCUCCAAAUCCUGCCGCCAGUCGCCACGGACUUCAUCAUGGCGGAUGUUCUGCCCUUCAAGGAUGGGUGGGAUCAGUCCCUGGUGGAUCACAUCAAGCACACGCUGAGGUAUAAUGAGAUGCCGGCGGUGGUAUGCUCGGUGCUGAAGAACAAAAAGAGAAUGCUGAAGCUCUUUUUCAAUGGAGAGGACUACUCGGAGUACAUGAUCAACAAGAGGAUGGCACUGCCUGCUACCAGUGACGAUCUGGCUAACCUAAUCAGCGGGUCACCGUCACCCCCAGGAGCCCCCUCCAACCAGUACCGACAGAAUCGUCCGAACCAGCCCCACUACCCCCCACAAUCCCAUCACCCCCCUCCUCACCAUCUGCAUGCCUCCCUCGACACCUUCAACCACAACCACUCUCAGAACCACUACAACAACAAUUUCUACCAAAAGCCAAAAUUCCAGAACUACCAGAACUACCCCCGCCAGCCUCAAGAGAACUGGCGCCAGCAGGCCCCCCAGCAGCCUCUCUACGUUCCCCCCCAUCACUGCCCCCCCAAUCCCGCCCCAAACAUCAACUCCCCUCGAUCCCCGGUGAAAUCCACCCCGAAAACCGCCCAAUCCAUGGUAAACCGAGUUCUAAAGUACCGAAGGUACCCAGUCCUAGUCUCCUUCGUGGAAGAUGGGCCCCUGAAGUUCGCAGUGCAGCCCGAGGAGAACCUGGAGGAGCUGACCGACCUGAUGAAGCGAAUAAGUUCAUGUCCCCUCAAGCUGCUGUCAGAGCCCCCAAUUCCAGGAUCAGUUUGUCUGGGUCGUUAUUCCCAGGAUGGGACCCUCAGAAGAGCAGUUGUUCGAUCAGUAACAGACUCCCUCCAGGCAAAAGUCUUCUACAUAGAUUACGGCUCCAGUGAGAUUCUCUCGCACUCUGACAUCUACGAACUACCCCUGGAGUUCGCUCACCCCUACGUAUUCUCGAUAAGAUUCACCCUGAGCAGUGUUCAGUAUUUGAUCGUCAGUGAGCAGAUGAAGAAGUAUUUUCAGGAGUUGGUCGAGGGCAAGAGGAUGAUCCUGGACGUGGUGCCUCCAGAGGACUCGCCACUGAUGCAGUAUGGACACCUCUGGGACAAUGACAACAACAUCUUGGAGAUGCUGAUUGCCAGAUUCCCAGGGUGCACUGAGAAUUGGCCUGAGAGGAGGCCCUUGAACAGGGGAGUCAAGAAGAUGGUCCAUGCCUGCUAUGUCGAGGGAUGCAGCAAUUUUUAUGUUCAGCUUGAUGACGACACGAGUACACUGGAGAGAUUGACGAAGACUCUUGAGGAGUGCAUUAAGACUGCACCUCCUGUCAAGCCUGCGUCGGUCAGACCUGGAUACAAGUGCCUGGCACAUUGCAGUGUUGACUCACAGUGGUACAGGGCGAAGGUCAUCAGAUCAUCUGGGAAUCAGGUCACUGUUCAUUACGUGGAUUAUGGGAAUAAUGAGCUCAUUUCGAUCUCUGCGUUGAGGGCUGUGGGGGGAGAGGUGCUGACGAGGAUCCCAGCUCUGGCGAUCAGGUGUGCUUUGAAUGACUUUCAGGGGAAAGGAUUGCUCGAGGAGGUGGACAAUCUGUUCGAGAAGAUGGUGAUGGAUAAGGUCCUGGAGAUGGUUGUGCUCGAUCAUCAUGCGGAGGGAAUUGUCGUGAAGCUGUUUGAUAAGAAUGUGCAGCCGCAUGUGGAUGUCUUUGAGGAGAUGAACGGGGUUGUGCAGAAGAGUGUGAUGGAGGCACAGAUGAGGAGUAAUGUGCAGACUGGACCUCCGGGACGUGGACGGAGGUCCGGCGUAAAAACGCAACCCCAGGGCCAUCCACAAAAGUUGAAAACCAAAAACGUUAAACACCCACGCGAUGAAAAAGACAGCUGGAAGUCCCCCGAUUUCCCCAAAAAGACCUGUAAGGACGAGGAGAAUGAGCACAAGCAUCAGGAUCUCCAGGCCCAACGCACCGCCCCCCAGGAGUGGACGAACGCCCCCCAGACCGAUAGAUUUCCCCCUCGAAACGACCGAAACGAUCGACCCAGCAGGGACUACCCCCGCCAGGAUCGCAAUGAAAAUCAACCCGAACGUUCGCCCCACGACUUCGCCCCGAGGACCUCAGACAGGUCCAGCCGAUCAAAACCGAUGACUCCCCCCUCUCGAUCAGAGCGAAAUUCCUCGAUGGAAAAAGCCUGGAGUGACAAGGACUCCGACACCUCCUCCAGAAGUGGCGGAAGACGUGGGGAACGUCCCCCUCGAGGAGGAGGCACCAGACCCCAGAGAAACGACUUCCAACGCUCCCCACGUGACUCCGAGUCCAGUGAGAGCAGUUACAAGUCCCCGAGGCCAUCGAGCAACUCGAAUAAUCCAGGAGGAAGAUCCCCAAGGAACUUCAGUGGCAACAGCAGACGUCAGAACGACAACAGAGACUCCAGAAGACUCUCUUCCACACCCUCCUACCAAUCCCCACCCUCCUCGAGCCCUUCCUCGCCCCCUAAACCCCAGAAACCCCAACAACUGAGGAUUCCACCUCCCAAUGUCACCCUGGGAGCCAUCAAGAACUGUGAACUCAUCCAUAUCGUCAGUCCCCUGGACUUCUGGGUCAUCCUCCAUCCUGAUUACCAGGAGCUUGAUGGAUUAAUGAUGAAAAUCUCUGCUAUCUACAAAUCAGGAGGUGAGGCGAUCCCUCAAGCUUCAAUAAAACCUGGAACAGACUGCAUUGCUCAGUUCUCAGAGGACUCUGAGUGGUACAGGGCAACUGUGGAAGAGGUGAGUCCCUCAGGAGCUAAAGUUCGUUUUGUGGAUUACGCAAAUUGCGAAGUUGUCCCCUUCGACAAGAUCAAGGGGAUCAAGGAGGAGGUCUGCAAGCUCCCAGCCCAGGCGGUGCGAGUUAAACUCCUGGCAGCCGUUGAAAAAAACUGGGAUCCCAUGGAAAUCGACGCAUUCACAUCAGCUCUCGAGCUCAAACCCCUGGAGGCGGAAUUCGUUGGACUCGAGAGGAAAAUUUAUACAGUUCUUCUUCGAGAAGUUGUUGAUGGGGUACCACAGACGCAGUACAUCAACGAGCAGUACAGCAACGGUGCGGAUUUGAUGGGGGCCAAGGAGUUGUCAAGGAACAGAAGCAGAAAGUCGACUCAAUCGAGGAGACCCAGGUCAGCACCACCGGAUUAUGCUCCUAUGGAUCAGAAGUGGAAGGAUCUUGCUGUUGAUCUCGAGGAGAGGCUUGAGGUCAUGGUGACGUGGUCUAUGAACCCUCAUAAUUUUUACUGCCAGUCUUUGAAGGCUGAGGAGGAGUUCAAGAAGAUGAUGCACGAUAUCCAGAGGGCUUACGUGGGGAGAACACCUGUGGAGGAGCCUCUGGAGGUGGGGACUGCUGUCAUUGCUGUCUUUGCUGAUGAUGGGGCGUUCUAUCGAGCUGAGGUACUCGAGUUGAAUAAGCUCAGGGGGAAUAUCGUCAGGUACGUGGACUUUGGAAACUGCGCGAUGGUCGAGACUAAGAAAACAUUCAGGGUCGAGAGGCAGUUUAUGGAGAUGCCCAAGCAGGCGUUCAACUGCACUCUGAAGAAUGUGAUUCCCGUCAGUGGGAACAACUGGACGAAGUCGAAUUCUCAUGAGAUCGAUAAGCUUUUUAAUGUGGAGAGGUUUAAGUGCUGCUUCCACGAGGUCAAGGACAAUAAGUACACUGUGUCGAUGAUGUUUGAGGGGAAGGAUCUGGCUGGGAUCAUGGUGGAGAGGGGUCUCGCUGAUUUCGCUGUCUCUUCGAGUGUCGUGGAGGAGCCGGAAGUGGUGAAGUCGAGGGAUAGUGCAGCUGUUGGGCAGCCUGAGGAGGAGGGGAGUGGUCACGAGCAGCAACCGGUGAGGAUCGAUAUCAGCAGGCUCGAGGGACAGACUCUCAGGGUCAAGGUGUCCAAUGUCGAGGGACCUGGCAGAUUCCAUGUCCUACUGCCUUCUGCUGGAGAGUGCGAGAAGGGAGUCGCUGAUUUCAUGGAUGGAAAGAGUGCUGAGGUGUUGCCGAAACUGUCGAAGCGUGAGGUGUUCCUUGGCUCAGGUUGUCUAGUUGAAACCAAGGGUGGAUGGCAGCGUGCCGUUGUCAUAAGUACCUCACGAUCCACUGGCUUUGACGUCAGGCUCAUUGACACUGGAGCCAAACUAGUGAUACCAAUGGACUGCAUGCUGGCGUUGCCACCGCAACUCGCAGUUAUGCAGAAUCAAGCAGUUGAAUGUUACGUGAAAAAUGCGAAAUCCGACGCUGAUAUCGAUAAAAAGUUCAAGGCAACGGUGGGGGAUAAUGAAGUCAUAAUUCGAGUCGAAAAUGUCGAUAAUAAUAGGCUCGCAGUAUCAAUCUUCAACACUUCCGGCCACAAGAUCCAGCUGACCCCCACCGACCCACCCGAAACCAUCUCGUCCCUCCUCCCCAUGCCAAUAAUCCACUCAGCGAACAAAGUAACAAUAUCUCACAUAAACCACUCCAAGAGUCUCUACCUGCAACGAGUAUCAGACAUCCCAGUACUGCAGUCCCUCCUGGACGAGCUCUUCAACUACUACUCGACCUCAGGACGUCCCCUGGCCCCCCAGAGGGCGCCCUCGAGGCUCUGCGCAGCCCAGAGUGAGGACGAGAACUGGUACCGAGCGAAGAUCCUCGAGGCCACCCAGACAGGAGCCCUGGUCCAAUACCUGGACUAUGGAAACCCAGAGGAAGUCCCUUCCCACUUACUGAAGGAACUCGAGCCCCAGCACAUGAUCAAACCCCAGCUGUCCCUGGAGGUCUCCCUAUCAGUGACCCUAAAAGGAUCAGAAUCAGAACAGUCAGAGGCACUGAAACCCCUCCUCCUGGACAAGGAGUUCACCGCCUCCCUCUACAACAUCCGAUCAAAAUGGAUAGUCGAGCUUGAAGACCCCCCAGGUACGAAAAUAAGCGAGACCCUGGGGUCGUUGAACCUUCUCCAACCAGAGGAAGAGCCAAAGAAACUGGAGAUCGACCCCUCAGAGCCAGAGGACCUGAUCGUGGGAGGAAAAUACAAGAUAGCAGUGACCCACGCAGACAACCCAGCCCAGUUCUACAUCCAACGUCUUCGAGACGUGCCGACGAUCGACGAUCUCCAGGAGAAACUGCAGUCAGAGGUCUCUGGCUACUCUCAGGUCGAGGGGAUCCCAGAGGAGAACCUCUUCUGUGCUGCGACGUACUCGGCAGACGGUCUCUGGUACCGAGCUGAGGUAAUCGAUGCUGAUGAGGACAUUGUCACCGUCAGAUUCGUGGACUUUGGUAACACAGACAGCAUCACUGACAUCAAGAGUGGGAUAAGGCACCUGCCAGAGUCGAUGAAGUCGAUCAAGAGGUAUGGGAUCAAGUGCAGAUUGGAUCUGAUUCCUUCUGGGGAGGAGGACUGGUCCGAGGGGACUUGUGAGAAGUUCCUGGGGAUGGCGACAGCUGAGGAGUUCAUUGAUGCUGUGCUGAUUGCAGAUGGCAAUCCCAAGAGGCUGGAGUUGUUCGUUGGGGAUGAGAACAUUGGGGACAAACUUGUGGAGGAGAAACUGGCGAUCAAAGUGCACGGAGUCGAGGACAUUUUCGACGAGAUUGUUCACAGAGAGUUGGACCCAAGAUCGGCUUUCGUCAGUCACAUCAAUUCUCCUAGUGAGUUCUGGGUGCAGGAGGAAAAGUUUGUGGCGGAUUUGGAGACCAUUGCUGAUAGGUUCGUCGUGGCUGACAUGUUUGGGAGGAUUGAGGAAGUACAGGAGGGGGCUCUGUGUGUUGCUAAAUUCCCUGAGGAUCAGAACUGGUACAGGGCGAGGAUUAUUUCUCAUGGAGACACUGGGACCAAUGUGAUUUACAUCGAUUACGGGAACUCCGCAGUUUCUACGGAAAUCAGGCAGAUCCCUGAGGAUCUUGCUGCUAUUCCUCCUCUGUCCAGGAAAUGCUGUCUUCCACUUCCUGAGGGGGUGGAGCAGUGGUCUGAGAAGGCUUGUGAGGAGUUCUCCAGGAUGGCUGACGAUGGAGCUACGAUUUUUAUCCUUGAGGUGGUUGAGGAGGGAGAAACUUCCAAGGUGAAGCUCAUUCUGGAGGAGAAGGAUAUCUCAGAGGAACUCGGGGAACUCUGUGAGAAACCAGUGGCAGUUAUUGAGGAGAGGCUUUCGCCUUUGGGGGAAGAGACAUCUCCGAAUGUCGUGGUGAGCCACGUGGUGUCCCCCAGCGAGUUCUGGCUGCAGGCAGACUACAAGAUGGCAGAUCUGGAUGUGAUGGCAGAUCAUCUGGAGAACGCCCAUAGCUUCCUCCCCCUGAAUACCCUAUCAGAGGGCACCAUCUGUGCAGCAAGGUUCCCAGAGGAUAACCUGUGGUAUCGAGCCAAGAUCCUCUGUCAUUCAGAGUCAGAAACAGAGGUUCUUUACAUCGACUACGGGAACUCUGCAGUGACCAGUGAACUUCGAGCUCUGCCUGAGGACAUCAUCAAGAUCCCCCACCUCUCCAUGUUCUCAUCCCUCAAACUUCCUGAGGACCUCGAGUGCUGGUCCCAAGAGGCUUGCGAAAAGUUCAUCGAACUAGUUGCUGACGGUGCGACUAUGUUCGAGUAUGAAGAGUUGGCCGAGGACGAUCCCAGUCUCAUCAAACUGUCUCUGAAUGGGCAGGACGUUGUGGAGAUUCUAGCUCCCCUCUGCAAGAAGAAACAAACUCCUGAAAUUGAUGAGGAGCUCCGAGAGGAAGUCGCCAAGAUUCAGAACAUGAGGGACAGUGUUUUCGAUGAGACUUCAGACAGUUUUUUCCAGAUCCAGCAUGAGGUCAAUGUCGAGAAGACCAGGGAGGAGAUUGUCAGCAAAUUCGGGGACAUGAUCAUUCAGACUGAGAGCAUCACUGAGCAUGUCUCCAGCAGCACUUCGGGAAUCGAAGGGACUGGGAAUUCGGACCAAUCAUCAACGAAUAUUUCUGUUAAGAUGGAUUCAUCUCCUGAUGCCACUCUGCAGAAGCCUGAGGAAGGGGUUGCGGAGAGCACAGAGGCAGACACGCUGGAAGGGGCCAAGGAGGGCUCUUCUAUCCCUAGGGAGCUCACAGCUGAUGAUAUUGUUGAGCUGUACUCUCAACCACCUUCUGAGGGCCCUGAUGAGGUUGGAGAUGAUGGGGAGGUGGGUGGAAGUAGAGAUACUACUGGAGAUGAGGCAGCUGUUCCAGUUGCUGCGGGAGAGGUCAUUCAAGAUGGUGGGGAGACAGAAGCUCCAGUUGCUGAGACAAAAAAUUCUCUGGACAUUCUGGAGAGCUGUAAAAGCAUCACCGAAGUUUCCGGAGUGGACUUGAGCACCACAGAAUCCUUGAAGGACGACAAGGAAUCCCCAGAAGAAGAAAAUCAUCAUUCAACCCUUCUGGACGAUCAAACCACCCCAGACACCAUCAACAAGCUCUCCCAACUCAACUUGAACGAGACUACAGAAACACCAAAAUCAUCCCUAACGUGCGACGAACCAGAUCCAUCCAUCAACUCCAAAGAAAAUCUCAGUAUUGACUUGAGCCAAGUGAGCGUUGACGCAGACAAACCCCCAAAUGGCGAAGUGCCUCCAAAGUCCCCAGGAACUCCUAAGACCCCUCACUGUGAGAAGCUAGUCUCUGGAGUAGUCACAGAUCAUCGAAUCCUCCAACUGGAAAAGGAGAACGAUGAUGAGGUGCUCACUGUCGAGAAAGAAACAAUCUCGAAGUAAAAAAAGUCGAAAAGUCUAAUCAAUCGUACUAAUCAAUUAAAUUAAAUGAAAUCUCACACUUCAGUUAUUGAUUUAGUUUGGUGAGGAAUAGGCUAAAGUCAUGAACUAAUGUUCAUUAUCACUCAUUAUUCUUGUUUCACUGAUUCCUUUUGAUUAUUCGGCUUAUCACUGCUGUUCAAUUAGUGUAGUUCGAUAGAUCACUAGUUUAUGAGCCACUCUUUUCUUAGGGGUUCGACCAAAGACUAAUAUGUGGGUUUCAUCGAUCAAUUGAUCAUUGAAUGGUGGGUGGAAGUGGCCUGAAGAUUAAAAUCAAAGACUGACAUUUUUUCAUCGAAACGACGUAUUUUUUUUUCUUCUUUUGGUGAUUACGUGAGCCGUGGAAUUAGUGUCAUAAAGUGGGUGAUCACGUUUUCUCGAGGUGCUUCCCUUAUUUUUUUUGUAUUUACUUUCUUUUAUUUUUUGGUAGUGGAGUGUGAAAAGAGUGGAGAGAGGAGUUUAAAAUAGGCUUGAAGAUUAUUUCGAGGAUAUAUUGGGGAGUAGUGGAUUUAGGAGGAAAAUUUUCAGAGAACUUUCCGUGGGGAAUUUAAUUCUCUUCAAAAAUGAUUUUCUGAAGUUUGUCAAUAAAUCCAGUAGUUUCCAAGAUAUUCAGGGAAUAAACCACAGAGAAGACGCCUUUUAUGUUUGAGACUCAUCAUUCUCAUCACUUCACUGCAGAUUUACUCGGUUCAAUCAUUAAUAAAGCCACAUUUUUUAUUUUGAGAGCAUGAUCGGGAGAGAGAGAACAUGAUAGAAAGUGCCUGGAGCAUUUUAUGAUAUUUAUUAACAGUUAAAACAAUGAUGAAUUAGAUAUAAGUAAGAGUAUGAGGAAAAAUCAAUUAGGUUAAACUAUGCGAGAGCAGCUGCACUGCAAAAUUCAUGAAAAGGAACAUGAUUAGUACAGUAAGGAUUUAAGUUUAUCAACAUUGAGCUCGCAGCUGAAAGACAUUAUUCAUGAUGAUUAUUACGUUUUUUCUUUUUUUAUUCUCUCCGAUCGGAUUGACUUCAACUCUCUUCUCAUUUUUAAAAAUUUUGUUUACGACAAAAUUGAAAAAGUUAAAGAUACCCGACUUAUUUCGCACUAAUCAUAAAUAAAAAAACGUCGGUGAUACUUGGAAUAAGUUUAGUAUAAUUAUAAAGUUGACUAAAGAUUCCUUUAAAAAUGUUAUUGAAAUACUAGUUUUAAUGCGGCUUGUCUUAAUCCAAAAUGUAUAAAACAUUGAUUGGUGUAACAAGUUUAUUUAGUUCAUGUUGGAAAACAUUUCUUUAUUUUUCUUGAGUCAGUUUGAAGGUUCUUUGUACACCGUCAUUACUGAUAUAACUUUGUAUACAGCUCAAAUAUAAAUUUUGUAAUAAAAAAAAUGAAAUUGUUAA